AUGGAGUCUCUACCCGCCCGGCAGCCGGCUCAGCGCCGCUCGUCGCCCGCUCCCACUGAAUCGGCGGCAACAUCAGCACAAUCGCAGUCCACAUCGCCCAUCCGUUCGCGUUCCGAAGACUCRCAAACCAUUUUCAUUCAAAAAGAAGAAGAGGAAGUCCAAGAGCCAGAGCAGAUGGAACAACCAUCGCCAAUCAUAUCAGCAUCUCCACAAGAACAACAACACCGCCAACCCCAAGAGCAACAAGAGAUUCCCAAAUGCUGGAUCUGCCUCCUCGAUGCCAGCGAAGAUACUCCUCAAUCGACCCCGUGGCGAAAUCCCUGUCCCUGUGCUCUCGUCGCUCACGAAGCUUGUCUUCUCGACUGGAUUGCCGAUAUCGAAGCGCCCACCAACAAAGCUACCWCCAAACCCAAGAUCCUCUGUCCACAAUGCAAGUCCCCCAUCCAACUGUCCAGACCUCACGACAUUUUGGUCAGUGCCUUUCAGGCYGCAGAACGAGGUAUUGCCUACACGUUCCCCAAAGCCGCAUUACUCGCACUGGGAGGGGUCAUAUAUGGAGCCUGCGCAGCAGGCGGGAUACAUACCAUCUACGCAGUGUUCGGGCCAGAAGAAGGGAGGAAAAUAUUGGAACCCGUAGCACGAAAUGCUGUUCGUGCGCCUGUGGACGCUUUUGUGGGAAGACCAAGGGAGGCCCUGAAUAAGAUACUGGGAACUGUGAUGGAGCAUUUGGUGCAUUGGAGAUUAUACGUUGGCUUACCGCUUAUCACGCCCACAUUGAUCCUGAGUCGGACUAGUUUGGCGGACGGACUGCUGCCGAUACUGCCGGUGCUGUUCUUCGUUACGCAGAAGGGUGUGGAGGGAGGGGAGCUAUUGCAGUGGCCGCCCAGCGCAGAGUUUGCGUUUGCGGUGCUGCCGUAUGUCAGAGGGCUGUACAACGCUUGGUAUAAGAAGGUUUGGGAGGACAGGAAGAAAGGCUGGUUAGAGGAGUUGCAGCMUAGAAUCCUGGCAGAAAAUGAAGAAACACAAGAGGCGGCUGCAGAUGGGGAGAAUGUGCAGCCCGAAGCGCCGGAGAGAGCGGAAGAGGAGGAAAAUCUUGUGGAAAUCCGUAUAGAUGGCGGCUUCUUCGACGAUGUCCAUGACGACGAGGCACCUGUUAUUGAAGGKGGCGAUAAUGAAGCACAAGACCAAGAAGCUGAACGACAAGCUGCCAGACUACGCGAAGCUGGACUCCCAGCAGAAGAGCUGUUAGAAGCAGCUGCCGCCGCCGCAGCUGCUGCCCCACAAGUCCCCGACAAUCGCCCUCCAAGAGCAGCAGGAAAUGCAAACCUUGCACCCCGUCAACGCGAACUCUUGUCAUUCUCUCCUACAGGUAUUGCACAGACCGUCCUCGGAGCGAUGGUAUUCCCAACUCUCGCCGGUCUGGCCGGAGAGAGUCUCAAACUGAUUCUGCCGAGGAGUUGGUUAGGUGGGAAGGGAGGUCAGAGGACAUUCUUACAAGCUAAGUGGGCGCGGACGUUGGUUGGAGGUUGCCUAUUGGUGCUGGGAAAGGAUGCGCUUGUGUUGUAUGUUCGGUGGAGGAUGGCGAGGAUGCAGCGGGAGCGGAGGGUGCUCGAUUUCGCGGGGAAAAGGAGGGUUGGAGGGUGA